AUGGCCACCGUCGAUUUGAACCACAAGGCGAUUGUCUUCACCGAUUUUGACGGAACGAUCACAUUGACGGAUAGCAAUGACUACCUUGUCGACAACAUCGGCUUCGGCUACACUCAACGGCGCACGCUCGGCGCCGAGAUCCUCGCAGGGCGUCUCAGCUUCCGCGACGGCUUCCACGCGAUGCUGAGCUCCGUGUCUCCGCACAAGACGAUGAGCGAAUGCCGCGACAUCCUCCUGUCGCACAUCCAGCUAGACCCCGGCUUCAAAGUAUUCUACGAAUGGUGCCAAACGCAGGAUAUCCCCGUGAUCAUUUUGUCGUCCGGCAUGGAGCCACUGAUCCGUGCGCUGCUCGAGAAGCUGCUGGGCCCCGACGAGAAGAUCGAGAUCCUCGCGAACGGCGUCAAGGAGUGGGAGGGCGGUUGGGAGAUCGUGUUUCAUGAUGAGUCGCAUUUUGGACAUGAUAAGAGUAGGGCCAUUAAACCCUUUAAGGAGGCGAGGGGGAAGUUGGCGGAGGGCGUGGAGAAGCCGGUCUUCUUUUACUGUGGAGACGGUGUGUCAGAUCUUAGUGCGGCAAGAGAAACGGAUUUGCUGUUUGCAAAGGCGGGACAUGAUCUCAUCAAGUAUUGUCAGGCAGAGAAUGUGCCGUACAAGGUGUUCGAUGAUUUCAGCGACAUCAUGAGAGACGUUAAGAGCGUAGUAGAGGGAGUCAAGACGGCCGCCGACGUUGCGGAGAACCGUUGA